AAUCAAAUGCGUUUCCUGCUUUAUCCAAAAAAAAAAAAAGCGUUUCCUGUACUUUCUAGAUUCACUUGUCUUCGUCUUCCUCUUCCUCAUACACAGAUCAGUCUCAAUUCGAAAUUGUAUUAAAAAAGAACAAAAGAAACACAAACCUCAGUCUUGCUACUACUCUUCGACUUCGACUCUCUCAGAUCUCUCAUGGCGUCUUCCAGCAAGUUGGAAUCUGAUUCAGAAGAUGAAGCUCUAGACGAGGAGGUUGAACAUUUUGAUGAUUUCACGCUUGCUUCUUCAUGGGAAAGGUUCAUUUCUGAAAUCGAAGCGGUUUGUCGGCAAUGGAUGUCUGAUGGCCCAAAAAAUUUGUUGGAAAAAGGUGCUGUUCUCUUGGAGUUUUCAAAGAACUUAUAUAAAGUCAAAUUUGAGCUAAAGUAUGCCUUAAAAAGUUAUCUCAUGGAAUAUUACUUUGAGAAAAGCAACACUGAUGAUGGAAAAGUUUCAGACUGGAACUUCAAUUUGCAUGAUCUGCAAUUGUGUUUUGGGGUAAAGGAGUUUUUGGUGAUUGCUCCUCAAAGUGCCAGUGGUGUAGUUCUUGAUGCACCAGAGGCUAGCAAGCUUUUAAGUGCAGUUGCAAUUGCUUUGUCAAAUUGUUCAAGUUUGUUGCCAGCAUUUGUACCAGUGCAUGAUCCUUCUCGGAAAGCGUACAUUGGUAUCCAAAAUAGGGGAACUGUUUUCACCAGAAGAUUUGAGUCAGAUCAUAUUGGUAGCCAGGUUCCAGUAAAACUAAUGCAUUUGGAAGGAUUAUACGAAUUGUUUCUUUCAAAGUUUGCCUACUCCACAUUGGACCUUUCUGUGCAUCUUUUCAAAGUCCAUUUUACAAUGAAGCUAACCUACAGAACCCUUUCCUUUGACGAUGACAAUGACGUCCAAGAAACUGAUGCUGAAAUGACAGAAUCUGAAGGAAACCCUGCUAGUGACAUUCACAGCAAAGCACAGUGGGAUGAUGAUUGUCCUUGGAGCGAGUGGUAUUCUGCAGAGGACCCAGUGAAAGGAUUUGAAGUGAUUGCCAUAUGGUCAGAGAAGAUGGUUGAAAGCUCUUCGGAAAUGGCUGAAUUGGAAAAUGCUUCACCUCAUGAAGCUGAGAAGUGGAUAUUAUUUCCAAUUUUUUCUCAGAAUUUAACUGAUGGUUCCAAAGGAAAUCAAAUUGGAUUUGCUUCCCAAUUGCACUUUUUGGUUGAUGCGUUAGAUAUGUCAUUUGAAGCUCAAUUUAUGGAAGAUUUUGUUUCAGUAGUUGAAAACCAGGGUCCUGAUAAUUUGAAGACCUCAAUGGUUAUACCUCCACCUACGGUUAUUGAUCGUACGCUUAAAGAACUUUUUCAUGAUGGAGUGCAAGAACCAAAUUUUGCUAAGGGCGAGCAUAAGAAUUCUCGAGCUAUUAAAGGAGCACCUUUUGAAUCGCUUUUUGCACAGUUUUGUUUACACUCUCUUUGGGUUGGCAACUGCAACAUACGUGCUAUUGCGGUGCUUUGGAUAGAGUUUGUUCGAGAAGUUCGGUGGUGUUGGGAGGAGUCACAGCCAUUGCCCAAAAUGCCAGCUAAUGGUUCAAUUGACCUAUCCACUUGUUUGAUUAACCAGAAACUACAAAUGCUUGCAAUAUGCAUUGAGAGCAAGCGUGAACUGAAUGAAGACUAUCAAGACUGCAUUGGAAGCAUGGAUCAAGCUUCUCCUCAUAAAAAGGAAGAUGACCCGUUUGGGGAAGACUCAGACUCAUCCAUUAUGCUAACACCGGGCGAAAAUUUUGAUGGGAAACAUGACAGCCCCUCGAAACCAGAUGAUUUACAUGGUUCUGGUACAACUGUAUCAAAAUUCAGUAGUGAGCCUGAACAUAUGGUGUUGGCUGAUCCGAAGCCUUCAGAUUGUAUCAGGAGGGGUUCGACUGGUGUGGUGGGGUCUAUGAUGCUUCUGAAGUCCCAUCAGAGAAUGCAUGCCCCUUCCACUCAGGAUGCACCACUCAUGACAGAAGACAUGCAUGAAGAACGGCUCCGUGCUGUUGAGGCCUUCGGGGAUUCAUUUAACUUUUCUGGUCAGUUGGAGAAAGAGAUCUUGUCUACAGACAUGUCAGCAUUUAAAGCAGCAAAUCCAGAUGCCAUUUUUGAAGAUUUUAUUCGGUGGCAUUCACCUGGAGAUUGGGAGAGUGAUGACACUCAAGAAAAGAGACCAAUUAAAAGACUUGCAAUGGAGGAUUCAAAUAAUGAUUGGCCUCCUCGUGGAUGGCUUUCGCGAAGAAUGUCUGAGCAUGGGAAUUUGUGGCGAAAGAUUUGGAAUGAUGCACCUGCUUUGCCAGCUUCCGAGCAGAAGCCACUCCUUGAUCCAAAUAGAGAAGGUGAAAAGAUCCUUCAUUACCUGGAAACAUUACGACCACAUCUAUUGCUUGAGCAAAUGGUUUGUACUGCCUUUAGAGCUUCGGCAGAUGCAUUAAACCAGACUAGUUAUGGAGGCUUGAAACAGAUGGCAACCAAAAUGGAGCAACUUUACCUUACUAUGGCAUCCUCGUUAAGACCUUUGCAAGCAAAUCGUUUGUCUUCUGGAAGUGAGAUUAUUGAUGACCUAAGACGGUUAUGUGGUGUUCUUGAACACGUUGAGAAGUUACUAACUGUUGCAGCUUCUCUACACCGUAAGUUCUUGCAAGCACCACGCCUCUCUGAAGCAAUAUUUAGUGACUACUACAUCUUCUUUCUUCCAAGAAUGGGAACUGCCUCAGUUGGGGACAAUGCUCAAAUGGACUUUGAUAAGAAGCAACAAGUAAGGAUCCAUGAGAGACCAGUUGUGUCAAAUAUGUUCACACCUCCUACUGCUAACCAGUCAUGGAGAAAAGUUUUGAGCAUGGGUAAUAAUCUCAAUGGCCACGAACCAGUCCUCAGGGAGAUCAUAUUUUCCAUACGUGAUAGAGUAAGCAAUCACUAUGCGGCCCAUAUUCCUAGUGUUUAUCAACGGGAAAUAGAAACAUACCGUAUGUAUACAUGUGGGACCUCAAAUGAUCUACGAGUAGCCCUUUCUGUUGUCUCAUGUGAUUAAUCCCCUCAAAAGCAUUGUACAGUAAUAAUUAUUAUCUAAAGCGAAAAAUUAUUUAUCAUUUCUUCAGAGUGUAUAAGUGACCAAGUAUUAUGGGAUCAUCCCACAAUUUUUGGCGAAUCAUCCUGCUCUAUAAGACUACGAAUAUUAAAGUCCGAUAGAAAAAAAAAUUGGUAUA